AGGGAGAGUACUGGGGCCCUCUAGGUUGUCUGUUUAUUGAAUGCAGACUAUUACUGUCUUUCAAGCCAGGAAGAUUCUAUGUAAAUUCUGCUGUGGCUUUUAGGCCAGAGAUAGUCCCAGUGUGUUCAGGGCUUCCCCCACCCUUCCCACAAGUUUGAGAAAUCAUGGCCAGCAAAGCAAGAGUUCAACGAGAGAAGGAAAAAGCUGCUGAGAAGAAAGCUGAAGAAGAAGCAAAGGAUGCUGGGACUCCAUCCACUAAAAAACGUGCUCAGCGCACUACCUCCAAUGUGUUCUCCCUAUUUAGUCAAUCCCAAAUCCAAGAAUUCAAAGAGGCUUUCACCAUGAUUGACCAGAACAGGGAUGGGUUCAUUGAUGUGGAAGAUCUGAAGGACAUGUAUGCUUCCCUUGGCCGUACGCCUUCCACUCAGGAUUGUGAGGAAAUGUUGAAGGAGUGUGUUCAUGGUCAAAUGAACUUUACUGCCUUCUUAACUCUAUUUGGUCAGAAGCUCCAUGGUACCGAUCCUGAAGGAACAAUCAUGGACGCUUUCAAGAUGUUUGAUGGAGAAAACGUAGGCUACUUGGAGGAGGAAUAUUUCAAGGAUCUUCUGAUGAAUGUUGGUGACCAGUACAACCAGUCAGAGAUCAAUCAGACUUGGAAGGAACUGCCACUAGAGGGUGGGAGGAUCGACUAUGUCAAGUUCACCAAGAUUCUGAAGGGCAGCAAUACAGAGGAUGUGGCAUAAAACAAACAUGAAACAGACUAUGCUACUCUAGGAGCCUCCAUUACCUCGUCUCGAAAUCAACAUCCGAAAAGAAGAAAAAAAAUUACACUGUUACAUAUCUGUUAGUCACAAGAACUGAUGGUGUAACAUCUGAUUGGAUUUAUGAGGAAGGCCAGUUAUUUGGCCUCUUUGUGACUAACAGUAUAUGACUUUAUUUCUUGUCUUUGUGCUGUCGUGUGAUGUCUUAAAGUGAAUGAACGUCACCCGCUUUGUAAUGCUUGUUGAGAAUUAAGUGGUAUUCCUGCAGCCAUGAUGGAAAUGAAAGGAAUGCACAUGUUCUAUCGAAUGAAAUGUUACAACCCCCUAAAUAGACAUGGGUAAUUCACGUGGAAGAGGGCUAAGGAAGAUAGCAAGACUGCAUUUUAAAACUGGGUGACUUCAUCAUGGUGUCAGUUUUGUCUUUGUAUUGUCUGGGUAGCCUAGGUGAAAACAAAAAAUGAAAAACAACCAAAAAAAGUUACCCAAGUCUAUUUGGCCAAAGAGCUCAGCAUUCCACAUCAUGCAACUGGCCAAAGCAGCAGGGCCCGAGACUCACCGGAACUGUAGUCUGUCUGAAGUGCCCACAUACUACAGCUUCCCUUGUGAGUUGAUGCUACAGGCCUUUGUGCCUGCAAUUUCUCUGUUGGCCAAGUAGGCUUGAGUCCUAAAGUGGAUGACAACAUCUCUACUACAAGGAAAUGCCAUAGCUGCAGGAUCUUGACCAUUUUCUUUGCGUGACUGGCCCAGAAACCCCCCUCUAGUUAUGAGCUGAAAGAACAAAAAUGUACACAGUGGUAUACUAUGAACAGAACGGCAAUAUCUCAUUCGAAAAGAAUUUUAAAUAAUGACAAAUGAUUUAAGUACAAUACAUGACAAUACAUUACAGUAAAUAACUGAGUAUAAUCAUAUUAAUGAUGGUAUGUAGAUUUCAGAUUUUAUUUCAUAACUAUUGGCGAUCACCCACUCUUAAGAUUAUUGGAACCAAUUCAUCAUGAUCUGUCUAAUUUCUCUCUCAGCUUCAUCAUAUGGAACAGUGUGAUAGAGUAGAGCAAGUACUUGAUCUACCAGAGAGAUAGGCCUGGCUAUCUCUUUGCAUGGCAGUGAGUGAGGAUUGUUGUAAUUUUUAUAAGAAACAUUAAAAACCACUGUGCACAGUUAA